UCUCCCAUUACCCAACUUCAGGGCGUGGAUGGCAGUGUGCGAUGUCCUGUCUCCUUGCUAACACGUUUUCUUGUGUGAAUACCAGGAGGGAAGGGACCUGUGUCUGUCCUCUUCUGGUGUCCUCAGGAUGGAAGCCACUGCUGAGUGGCAAAUGGGGCACAUGUGACUGAGUGAGCUUGUCCCCAAGUACACCACUGCAGUGCGAUUUUGAGCCAGUCAUUCACCUCUCUGUGCCUCAUCAUUCUCCACCCCGCCCUCACCACCCCAACUUCGGGGAAUCGGGCAAUUAAUGGCUCCCAGAGGACUGAUCCAGCUCACCUCCAGGCCUGGGCUGCCUCCUCUCCCUCCCUUUCACAGUCACCCCGGCUGUGUCCCUGAGCUUCUCUCACUCUCCGCCACCCACACAGCACCUCCUCCCAGCCCCACCUGCCGGCCCCUCCUAGGGGCCUGAGGUGGAGCAGCUGGCUCUCAGGACACCACAGACUCCCAGGCGGUGCGCCAUGGGGGGCCUGAAGCCCUGGGCCCGAUGUGGGCUACUGAUGGUGGCCCACUUGCUAGCUCUGGGGCUUGGGGCUGUGGUAUUCCAGGCUCUGGAGGGGCCUCCGGCACUCCAGCUCCAGGCCAAACUCAGGGCUGAACUGGCCACUUUCCAGGCUGAGUACGGGGCAUGUCUGCCAAGCGGGGCCCUGGAGGAGCUGCUGGGCACCGCCCUGGCAGCCCAGGCCCACGGGGUCUCCAGUCUGGGCAAUAGCUCAGAGGCCAGGACUUGGGACCUGCCCUCAGCCCUGCUCUUCACCGCCAGCAUCCUCACCACCACAGGUUAUGGCAGCAUGGCCCCGAUAUCCGCAGGUGGAAAGACCUUCUGUGUGGUGUACGCAGCCCUGGGGCUGCCAGCUUCCCUAGCACUUGUGGCCACACUGCGCCACUGCCUGCUGCCUCUGCUCAGCCGCCCAGUUGCCCAGGUAGCUGUCCACUGGCAGCUGGCCCCGGCCAGGGCUGCGCUACUACAGGCAGCUGUGCUGGGUCUGCUAGUGACUGGUACCUUCGUGCUGCUGCCAGCACUGGUGCUGUGGGGUCUGCGGGGCGACAGCAGCCUGCUGGAGGCCAUCUACUUCUGCUUCGGCUCACUCAGCACCAUCGGCCUGGGGGACCUGCUGCCUGGCCGUGGCCGUGACCUGAAUCCCGUGCUUUACCACCUCGGGGAGAUGGCACUUCUUGGCUACUUGCUUCUGGGGCUCCUGGCCAUGCUGCUAGCAGUGGAGACGUUCCUGGAGCUGCCACAGGUCCAGGCCAUGGCGAAGUUUUUUGGAUCCAGUGGCCCUUCAACCACCGAAGACCAAGAUGGCAUCCUAGGCCAGGAUGCACUGGCCCUGAGUACCCUGCCCCCUGCAACCACAGCCCCAGAACAGGCCCGGGCCUGCUGACCAACGGGCGUCAGGCGAUGCAGUUAACUCCUUUCAGAUGAAGCAGCCUGAGGAAAAAGCCUCUAGAGAUGGGAGGGAAGGGUUGGAGGGGAGGGUUGGAUGUGAGGGCCUCAGAGAACAAAAAGGGCCCUAGCUAGUGUGGCUCAAUGGAUUGAGUGCUGGCCUGCAAACCAAGUGGUCGCCAGUUCAAUUCCCAGUCAGGGCACCUGCCUGGGUUGCAGGCCGGGCUGCAGGUCAGGUUGCCGGCUGGGAGCAUGCGAGAGGCAACUGAUCAACAUUAUCUCUCCCACAUCAAUGUUUCUCUCCUCUCCAAAAGUAAAUAAAGUAAAAAUUGGCAACAACCUCAA